AUGGCUGAUGACGAGGUUGAGUUCCAUUACAUGUAUCUGCACAUUUCCCUCCACCUCUCUGUUCCCAACAUCAACAUCCACAUCAUCCACAUCAUCCAUUUCACUCGUUUCCAGCAUCAGCUAUCCAGCAUGCGUUUCACCGCCGCUCUCAUCCUUUCCCCAUCACUCCUCGCAUCAAUCUGCGCCGCGGUCAACCUCCGCUUCAGUGGCUGCCAACCACGCCAACAGAAGCUACUCAAUGAGGCUUUCCUGAUCGCCCGAGAGGAAGUCAACCUCAUCCAGGAAUUCAGUCCUGGUGCACCAGAAAUCGCCGACCCUCCCGACCUCUCGGCGAAAGAAGUCGAGCGUCUGAAAAUUCGCUACUUUGGCUACACAACGAAAGACGACACCGCAUAUGGGACCGUCACCUGGAUCUGCGCGCAGCACGACGAUGAACUUGAUCGACAGUGUCAGAAGUUCGGUGCUGCAGCUUACACCCAGCAAGGUACUGAGAUUGUGAUGUGCGCAAAAGAGACGGGCAAGCAGGGUACCUCUUCGAAACGCCACCGAGCAGGAGUCAUGGUCCAUGAGAUGACACAUAUCAAAGCCGUGAGCGGCAAUCGUACCAUCGUUGAUGUUCUGUACAACGAGAGAAAGGUGAAAGAGGCAGGCUUGGCGCCCGUGAACGUGACAGCAGUGAGCUCGCAGACACUCGAGAAAGGCUGCUACGGCAACGACAGGGUCCGCAAACUGGCCAAAUGGUCGCCGAGUCUCGCUGUCUUGAAUGCAGACAGCUACGGCGUCUUCACCACGCAGUUGGCGCGCCACGAGAAUGCGAAGAAGCUCACAUGGUCGGGGCUCAUGGACGCGAUUAACAUUUGGAUUGAGGACCAUCCUCUCGCUGCCGCCUCCAUCAUUGGUAGCGCGGCACUCGGGCUGUUUUUGCUUUUCCUAUUAUGUGCUUGCUGUUGGCACCGCAUGAAGACGAGGAGACAUCCUGGGCGACCGAGAGCGUAG